AUUCUGAUUUGAAAUUCACAAUGCAAUUAAAUAUGAUGAAAUUUUAAUAUGCUAAAAAUACCGUGUUUUAUCUGAACAUUUUCGUGUUAUCCUUUUUCCAUUUUUAGUAUCCUCCUACCUGAUGGCUUGAAUAAAUAUGCUUGCCAUUUUUCUUUUAAGUGAACCUAAAAUAAAUUUAUUUUGCUGUUGUAGAAAUGUCCAUAGGAUAAGUUACGUAUGUUAAUAUUUUUUUUAUCAUUAUACUAUUUAAUGAAAAUUUUAUUUUAUUUUGUAAAACUGUGAAAAAAUAGAAAACGAUGAAGAUGAAUUACGGUGGGGCAAAUGUAAUAACUGCCUGUGGAGGGGGGGCACAAAAUGUAACUAGCCAUGAUGGGUAUGGCGACGUUGAAGGUUUAGCAGGAAAAUGUCCUCGAAAAGGGGUAAAGUAUGCUGCCUUUUUAAAGCUUUUCAUGUUUGCCCUGUUCAUAUGGAUAGUGCAGGUUUCGCACGAGAGCACAAACCGUGGAGUCAUGAGAGGGACCCCCCAGCUAGCACAAGCGAUCGUACACAAAAGCGCUAACAGAUUAUUAGCAGAACCGCCAAUGGAUUUCGACGAAGUGUAUGGGACAUUCAAAAAACACGUUUUGGAAAAAUUGGGAUGUGAUGAAGAACAAUGCCAAACGAUAAAAAAUUCUGUGAAGUCCUAUUUCGAUAAAAUAAAAUGGAAUGUGACAGAUCAACAGAAUGCAAAGGAAUCUGAAAGGGAAAGUGGAGGAUCAAAUAAUGCUUCGGAUAAGGGAAAUAAAGAAAAAAAGAGUUAUAAAUAUACAGGACUUUUCGGUUCGCUCAUAGAUUUAGUUUUAAAUUACAAGCUUACAUCUCUCACCAUUCUUAUCCUAUCUCUUGGAUACUUCAAGUCUCGAUACUUACUCGUCUUUAUGGGCGUAGUUAUACUACUAAAUCUAUCUUGGGAACUGGAAAGCUUAAAUAAAAAAUUGAAAAUUCUGUAA